AUGGAAGCCCCCGACCCGUCUAACUCAGUCGAGCCCUGCUGCCAGCGUCAACUCAGCCGUCCUGGUCCUGUAGUUGAGACUGAGGAACGGGGCUUCCACCGUGCCUCGCCAGGCAAGUACCCUAAUAUUAGCAUUGCUUCGCGAUCUGAUUCGUCCUCCGUUCCUAGCAUCGAACCCUUGCCACCGGCUUUGGAACUGGCAUGCUACAAUGAUUCCGAAUCAUCGCCGCAUGACGCUGAUCCGAAUUCCUGCUUACCGGCACUUCCGACUUCAUCGAGGUCCUCAUCGUUCGCACCGUCCGCAACAACACGAACAAACGUUUCACCGGCCUCCGCAAGUAUCCUGAUGUACUAUCAAAAUGUUGGUGGGAUCAACAGCUCUAUCGCCGAGUACCAGUCAGCAAUCAGUGACGGCUGCUACGAUGUCUACGCUCUUUGUGAAACCUGGCUGAAUGAAAACACCUCGACGAGUCAACUGUUCGACGACUCGUAUUCCGUCUAUAGGCAGGACCGGUCACCUUCAAACAGCAACAAAAGUUCCGGAGGUGGCGUUUUGCUGGCUGUGCGAUCGUGCUUCAAAUCGCGUGUGCUUAAUCCCCCUGGCGGUCCGAUGGUCGAGCAACUAUGGAUCGCUAUCACAACAGCUGACGCAACGCUUUAUUUGUGCUUGGUUUAUAUACCACCUGAUCGAGUAAACGAUGGCGAUAUGAUCGAGAACCACCUCACCUCGCUCGAUUGGGUUGUUGCUCAGUUGGGGCCCAGAGACAACGUUAUCAUCGUCGGAGAUUUCAAUCUGAGUGCAAUUUCUUGGCAACGCACCUCCUGUGGGUACCUCUUUCCGAUUUCUUCUCGAUCCUCUAUUAGCGCAGCAUCACGACAGUUGCUCGACGCGUACUCCACCGCUAGACUUAGGCAGUUGAAUGGUGUCGAAAAUGAAAACAAUCGAAUCCUCGACCUGUGUUUUUUCAGCGAGGAAAUAUCCAUGGACGGCGUAGUCAUGCAAGCCCCCUCUCCACUCGUUAAAAUCUGUCGGCAUCAUCCCCCUGUGCUAGCGAGAAUGGAAAUAUCCCCUCAAUUCCGCUUUUGCGAUACGGUGGAAAAUGUAUCCUACGAUUAUAGUAAGGCUGAUUUCAAUAAAAUCAACGACUUUCUGGCACAUGUCGAUUGGGACGACGUUUUUCGCGAUUUGGAUGCCAAUCUCGCUGCGUCAACGCUUUCUGGAAUUCUGUGGUAUGCCAUAGACCAGUAUGUUCCAACAAAAUCUGAACGUGCGGCGCCCAAGCCGGCUUGGUCAAAUGCCGAUCUAAGAUGUCUCAAGAGGUUGAAGAAGGCAGCCCUUCGGCGACAUAGCAAACAUCGGACCGACGCUACUAGAGCAGUAUAUUUGGAAGUGAACACCGAAUACAAGAAACUCAACGAUCGUCUCUACAAUGCCUAUCAAGAGCGUCUACAAAACAGCCUGAAAUCGAAACCGAAAAGAUUUUGGCGUCAUGUCAAUGACCAAAGGAAAGAAUCGGGAUUGCCUUCUACCAUGACCGAUGGCUCGAUCAUGGCAGACUCUACCACGGAUAUAGCCUUUUCCGCACUCAAUUUAGCAACGUGUUUACCAACGAACACUUGA